ACAUUUAUUUCGCGAUUCUCGCUUGAUAAAUAAUAUUUUUUACUGCAGAUUCACAAACUUGAUAAUCAUUGAUUGUUUAUGACACCUGACUUAAAAAAUACAGGGAGGAUAUUAAACAUUUCUUUCGUUAACCACCAUUGGGUUUGUUUUUUCGUCACUGUGUCUGUCAUUGUUGAUCGUGAAGUGUUCUCAUAAAUUCCCCACCCUCCACGCGGUCGGUCUCACCACCAUGCCUCCGGCGCGCAUGUGAUGAAUCGGGUACUUUGACUGUGCAAAUUUAUCAAGGAUAUUGCUUUAUAAAAAUGACGGAAAGCGAUGACGACGAGCCCCAAUUGAGUCAAACGACUUUAGCUGCUUUACACGAAUUUUACAAAGAACGCGAGGAGAGUGAGAAUCAGCUAAACAAAACAUUGAUCGAACCGGGAAAAUCGACGGAUGUCACGUUCGAGGAAAAUUGGCAAUUGAGUCAAUUUUGGUAUGACGAACAAACCGUCGAAGCAUUCACAAAAGGUGCAAUUAAAUCGACACCUCCCGAUGGGAAAAUUGCUCUCAUUUCUUGUCCAACUUUGUACAAAAGUUUGCGAAAAGAAGCUGGCGAUAGAACCGUGACUCUCUUCGAGUACGACCAACGGUUUUCGGCAUUUGGAAAAGAUUAUGUUUUCUACGAUUACAAAUCACCUCUUCUUGUACCUCGUAACAUGUCUGGCGAUUUUGACCUUGUAAUUGCCGAUCCACCAUUCCUUUCUGAAGAGUGUUUAACCAAAACAUCGGUGACCAUUAAAUUCUUGGCGAAAAAUAAAUAUGUUGUGGCGACUGGUGCUGUCAUGGCGGAUUUGGUUGAGAGACUUUUGGGCGCGAAAAAGUGUACCUUUGUGCCUCAUCACAGGAAUAAUUUGGCCAAUGAAUUUUGGUGUUAUGCCAAUUUUGAAUUCGAUGAUGCAUUGAAAUAAAUCCUUCUGUUUAAAUACAUAAUCCAGGAAGAGUUCGAAUAUAGGACGUUUUAUGCAUGUUUUAACGAAUAUAUUUCGCAUUCGAUAAACGCAAUUUAUUUGGACAUGAUGAUUUUUGCAAUAUACACAAUAUUCGAUUUUAAGGCGUGAUAAAGAUGUCCGCGAAAACCGUUUGAAAAUAAAUAUUUAGUGAAAACUGAGAAAAAAAGAGGUAAAACAUUGUUAUUAAUAAAAGAAAUAUUCAACA